AUGGGCAGUAGCUUCACCUUUGUACCUCCUCCAGAGGCUCCUGUUUUCCGCCCGACAGAAGAUGAAUUCCGGGACCCUUUAGAGUAUCUGAUGAAAAUUCGCCAUAUUGGCACGAAAACCGGUAUUUGUAAAAUAAUACCCCCGAAGUUAACCUGUGGUUUCUUUAAAUUCACUCCCCAGUCCUGGAAUCCACCGUUCGCCGUUAAUAUGAAGGAGUUUUCAUUCACACCUCGAAUUCAACGUCUCUAUGAGCUCGAAGGUGGCGAUAAGAUUCGUGUUCCCAGCAUAGGUGGUCGAUACCUGGAUCUACAUUCUUUGCAUAAGGAAGUUCGAUCCGCUGGUGGCUACGAAAAAAUUGACGACUAUCUCUGCCGGAUUUGCGGGCAAGGGGAUGAUGAAGACAAUCUACUCGUGUGUGACACAGAUAAAUGUCAAGCUUGCUACCACACUUAUUGUCUGAAUCCACCGUUGCGCUCUGUUCCCAAAUGUCAGUGGAAAUGCCCAGAAUGCAUUCGUUCCAUGUGCUUGAAACCCCCAGAACCCUAUGGAUUCCCGCAGUCCAACAAAUGCUACUCACUUCAUGAGUUUGGAGUCAUGGCCGAUGAAUUCAAGUCGAAGUAUUUCGGUCGACCAUGUACAGUGAGUUUAACACAAUACUUGCAUUUUACAGGCUACAUGUGGUAA